GCGAAGCACGAAGUAGCCGGAAGGACACUGGGAAAGGAUUCCCAGAAACAGGUUGCUGAGAAGGGUAGAGAGCAAGGGGAAAUGGAGACAGAGAAACAGUUCAACUCGAGCGAGAAACCGCCUAACAAAAGCGCUGAUCCGUCAAACGAGAUCCAGCAACACCAUCACGGGAGCGAUGAGCAAGUGGUAACGGUGAUGGAACCCUUUGAGGCACCCUUAGCGGAAGAAGGCUCUCUUCAGUCUGAGCAACGAAACCAAGAGCUCGAACCAAAAGUGACAAAG